GAUUAAUCAAUCCAAUUUUAUUGAAGCUAUUAAAUGUUUCUCAUUUUUUCCAAACAGACAAAAUGGCGGAUUGCAACCUAGUUGAGCCGACAGUGAAGGAAAUUGAAAUACCUGUACCCUGGGGAGUUAUCAAAGGCAAAUGGUGGGGUCCUGAAGAUAGACAACCCUACUUGGCCCUACACGGCUGGCAAGACAACUGUGGGUCGUUCGAUGCACUUGCCAGUCAACUUGCACCAGAUAUCAGCUUGCUCUGUAUCGACCUGCCUGGUCACGGUCUCUCAUCACCCUAUCCACAGGGCAUGACCUACUACAUAUUCUGGGACACAAUGGUGCUGAUACGUCGCAUAGUCAACCACUACAAGUGGCGGAAAGUCUCCCUGAUUGGCCACUCGCUGGGCGGAGCAGCGGGCUUUCUCUACGCCGGCGCCUUCCCGCAGGACGUCGACAAACUCAUAUCCAUUGACAUCGUGUGUCCCCGAAUUGCUCGAACCGAAGUGCUCAUGAAGCAGGUGCCCCGAUUGUUACUUUUGUCUGUUAAUUUUCCGUUAAUUGACAGAUUUCUGAAAUACGAGGGCCUGCCGGAAAGUAGCCAGCCACGCUACGAGUACGACGAGAUGGUACAGAUAGCAAUGGACGCCCACAACGGAUCGCUGACGAAGCAGAGUUGCCAGACUAUGAUGAAGCGAGGGAUGCAGCCGUCACGGCAAAACAGUCGAGAAUUUAUGUUCACACGGGAUCCACGAUUGAAGGUGGCAGGUCUAGCAAUGUUCUCGAAAGACCAGGUUUACGCCUACGCCGACAAAAUCAGCUGUGAGUAUCUCAACAUUCGCGCCAGGCCUGGGAUCACAUUCGAACUGCCCGAGGUCUACGGGGAACUACUAGACAAAAUCCGGAAGACUUCGAGAAAGUUCGAGUAUCACGAACUCAAUGGAACCCAUCACCUGCAUAUGAAUGAGGGAAGCAGGGAGGAAGUAGCCAAGGUUAUCAGGGAAUUUAUUCAGGGAAAAAAUGGUGACAGUGUUGUUUAGAAUGGUGUAAACGGUGAGGGGAUAUGCUAGGGAUGGAUCAAGGGUUAAAGUGUGGGAAAUAUGAAUCAAGGGAGAAAAAAGUUGAUAAGACAACUAAAGGGAUGAAAGUGAAGAAU